CUGUCAUUCUUGGGACUAGAUGGUUGUGUGCGAUAUAUGGAACACCUAGGUUUUGAACUCGAUAGUUAAUAGGGGAAGAAAACAAAUUGAUCAAAGAGUAACAAUGUUUCAUAGAUAGAACCUCUAUGUUUAUAUCCUAUUGUUAAUGUCAUGCAUAAUCAUUUGUUUACAUGAGAGUUAUCCUAAUUAACUUGAAUUCGAGUUAUCGAGACAACAUUGGUUCAACAACCAUCAAUCCACAUCAAUAUAGACUCGAUCAGAAUUCACACAAGUAUUUUUUAUCCGUUCAUGGGUGGAUCGACCAAAAACUGCGAGUGAACCACACACUUGAUUAUUAAAAUUUUAAUUUUCUCCAAUAAUUUGGUUUCCUAUAAAAGUAGAGAGAGGUAAAAAAGAAAAAAAAGAAUGGGAAAAAGGAGUGGUGAUUAUCGAACAAAAUUAAAGAGAGAGAGGAGAGAGGCAUUAGUUUCUUCGCCACCGUCCUUUCCCUAUUUUCUCUCUCUUUCUUUCUCCACUCUCUCCCGAAAGAAUUUUUUUUUUUCGAAAGACAAGAGGCUCUGAAACUCGAAAUCUAGGGUUUCAAUUUCCGUAUCAUACAUUUCUGGUUCGUGUUUUGUUCACGGGUUGAUUCCGAUUGAGAGAAAGGGUAGGAAGAGUAGAAAAAAGAUUGAAGAGUUCGAUCUAGAAGGGAUCUGGAUCUGUUGUUAAAAGGAAGGAGGAAGAGAGAAAAUGAGCUUGGAUUCGGUUCCUUCGAGCACUCAUGGAAGCCUCGACGAGCAGAUUAAUCAGCUUAUGCAGUGCAAGCCAUUAUCUGAGCAAGAGGUGCGGGGGUUAUGUGAGAAGGCUAAGGAAAUUCUGAUGGAAGAAAGCAAUGUCCAGCCGGUCAAAAGCCCUGUUACAAUCUGUGGCGAUAUUCAUGGGCAAUUCCAUGAUCUUGCAGAGCUUUUUCGCAUCGGAGGAAAGUGCCCAGAUACAAAUUACCUGUUCAUGGGAGAUUACGUGGAUCGUGGGUACUACUCUGUUGAAACUGUGACCCUGCUGGUGGCCUUGAAAGUGCGUUAUUCCCAAAGGAUUACCAUUCUGAGGGGAAAUCACGAGAGUCGUCAGAUUACUCAAGUUUAUGGAUUCUAUGACGAGUGCCUGAGGAAGUAUGGAAACGCAAAUGUGUGGAAGAUCUUUACAGAUCUUUUUGACUAUUUUCCACUGACAGCAUUGGUGGAGUCAGAGAUUUUUUGUCUUCAUGGUGGAUUGUCUCCUUCCAUUGAAACCCUCGACAAUAUCCGCAACUUUGAUCGUGUCCAAGAAGUCCCACAUGAGGGUCCCAUGUGUGAUCUUUUGUGGUCUGAUCCCGAUGACCGAUGUGGGUGGGGUAUUUCACCUAGAGGUGCUGGAUAUACCUUUGGUCAGGACAUCUCUGAGCAAUUCAACCAUACUAACAAUUUAAAGCUGAUUGCAAGGGCUCAUCAGCUUGUCAUGGAAGGCUAUAACUGGGGUCAUGACCAAAAGGUGGUCACUAUAUUUAGUGCACCUAAUUAUUGCUACCGUUGUGGAAACAUGGCAUCUAUUUUGGAAGUCGAUGAUUGCAAGGGUCACACGUUCAUCCAGUUUGAGCCAGCUCCACGGAGGGGAGAACCCGAUGUAACCAGGAGAACACCUGAUUACUUCCUAUAAGCUAAAACCUCUAAGCAUUGAGCUGCUGUGGAUCCUGUGGCCGGUGCCUACUACUUCCUGGGUUUUCUUGUUCCGAGAGGCAUCUUUCGUUUAUCUUAAGAAGACUAAGACGGACGAACUUUCACUUCGACGGUAUAGGGUAAAAGGUGGAGAAAAUGCAGCUAUUUAGAUAAGGGGAGAAAGGUGGGGUUUUGAGCUUUAGCGAGGUAGGGUUUCCUUGAAUGUGAUUGUCAAAAGGAAUUAUGGGGUUUUGGUUCAAGUGUGUCCUCUCAACAGGAAGAAGGCAAAAGCAGUGGAGUUGGGCAAAUGAUGCAUGCAGUAUAUGUAACAUUUUCAGGGCAAGACAGUGGGGGAUCUUUUUUUCUUUUUCUUCUUCUUUCUUGUUUUUAUUCCUUGAUUUUUGUUCUUUCUUCACUUAAUUUUUACUUUUUGUUUUACUAUUUUUGUCCCCUCUUUUAAUUUUCAAUUUCUUUUCUUUCUUUCCUUUCUGUAGAAGGAUUCUUAUUUUGGGGAGAACCGUGGGGGAUAUUUAGAGGACCGAUCAAUCAGAUAACUGGUUAAUGGGGUGCUUUCUCGUGAGUACUUUUCAGUCAUUGUUCCUGUUGUUAAGCUGUUGUUAAGCUUAUUGAUCUGAUCGAGUUUUCUGCUGUAGGAACUUGCUUUACAUAUGGUAUAUGGUUGUCUGUUAGGCCCUACUGUUCCUCAAAUCGGGUUUCCUCGAAUAAGUUUGUUUUUGGUUG